UCCUGCUCGACUUGAUCGACCACCGGUUUGCUUAUAUUCGACAGCGGUGAAACUCUCAGCUCUAGAAGAUACAGUCUCUCCAGUCAAGUGGGUCAUAACACUUUGGCCUGAUCAGAUUUCUCCCGUGGACAAAGGGAAAGAAGUUUCCCCUUUGACUGCUCCAUACUUUUGGAUAUACCUCCAAGAUGUCUUCGAAUAUUUUACCUGAUGAGACGCUAUUUUCUGACUUCAGGAGACAGUGUUUGUCCACAGAUAACUGGGUGAACAAGUAUGAUAAGAAUGGGAUGCAAGUGUGGGUCGAGGUCCCAUCCAAAAAAAUACAAAAUGCACCUAAAGUCCACAAGAUCAAGUGUAAAAUGUCAAUCAAAGAUGUUUCUGCUGCUACAAUGUAUGAUGUUCUUCAUGAUGGCCAGUACCGUAAGAAGUGGGAUACAACCAUGUCUGACAGUUUUGACAUUGCACGACUGUCUGACAAUGCUGAUGUGGGCUACUACGCAUGGAUUUGUCCAAAACCAAUAAAGAAAAGAGAUGUGGUGACGCUGCGUUCUUGGCAAGUGACGGAUGACGAGUACAUAAUUGUUAACUUCUCAGUAAAACACCCGAAAUAUCCUCCUCGUAAUGACCACGUGAGAGCAGUUUCCAUCCUCACUGGUUAUCUGAUCAAACCCACUGGACCAAACAGCUGCACUUUCAUCUACCUUUCACAAGCUGAUCCUAAAGGUGCUCUUCCAAAGUGGGUGGUGAACACAGCAUCUCAAAGUCUAGCGCCUCGGGUCAUGAAGAGUGUACUCAAGGCGGGACAGAACUACAACGAAUGGAAAGAGCAGAACUCCCCCGACCAGAAACCAUGGUUGUACCCGGAGCAGAGCGUGUUGCCCACGAUGGACCCGGCUGAACUGUCCAUACAGAGGGCCGACUCGCUGGAGGAUGUGGACGAGAGUUUCAAAACAAACGCCCAGGACAGCGAGGACAGCAGUUAAAUCACAGACUGACAGGGUGCGGGCUGGCCAAGAAUGAGAGAGAUGAAGGG